AUGUCUCUCUUUGUGGAGAGCAGCUUCUCAGCUCCCGCGACCGACACCUCGUCGACUCUCGCGUCUUCGAGCUCUACGCCUCCGACAACCGUCGCCGAUAGUGACAGCCAGCUCUCGGACGCCCCGAAACACGAUGUUAUCACCGUGGCAAACGAUGCUAUUCACGCCGCGCCAGUCCAGGUUCAGGAGCCCUCACCCUCCCAGUCGCCUCCUGCUCCUCGCCGUGCAAGACGGGCACGUGUCUCCGAGCCCGUUUAUAACCUGUCCAAGCUGAGUGGCACGUCUGAUCAUGGAAAACGACGCGCCAAGGGUGAUGCUGUCGCCGACAAGCGCCGCCGGACCAUCUCUGGUGACACCUUGGUUGGUAGCAUCGAGGUUGCUGGCGAUGGCUCUCGGCCCUCCAAGGUCCACGAUAAAGCACUCAAGGCCGGAAUUGACGCGUUAAACCUUCAAUGGUCGCCUGAGAGCUUGAGCACGCCACGUACGCGCCGCCAGGCUCAAGUAUCACCGCGUCCUCUUCGAUACUCGUCGCGUCGGAACGGUGUAUCUGCCAUUGCCACCAGUCUGACUAAUAUGAGCAAAAAGGGACGCAAGGCUGUGAACCAGGGAGUCUCCAAGCUGUCGCGUGAGCUGCGACGGCUACAAGACACCAAUGAAUUUUCUGGAGUUGACGAGCGCCCUGUCGUGCACACCGUCUGGGCCAAUGGCAAAUACGUCGACCCCAAUGCACCACCUCCUGAGCCCGUUCGCAAGAAGGCCAAGGUUGAAGAGCCGCAGGAGGAGGAUUCCGACGAAGAGGACAAGGAGCCCAUUACCAAUACCAAGAAGCGACGUGUCAAGAAGUAUCUCGACAAAGGACUGUACGCCGGCCAGGAAAUGCCGCUGGACGUCUUCAAGGGCCUCACCAUGGCCGAGAAGAAGAAGCUUGCCCACCUCCCGGAGCUUGCACCCACUGGCCGUGUGAACAAGACAAUGCCUUCGCUCAUGUACACUGGCCUGCGCAUGCUGAUUGCUGGGCGGGACUUCAAGCUCCCCUUCAACACCUGCAACCCUCUGCCGCCCGGACAACCGAAGCCAGAUGAGUGGAAAAAGAUGACAAAGAACCGAUUUAUUGGUGAUUCCAAAGACUAUUGGCGCAAGAUGCCUCACAUGCACGACUUGUCUAAGUGCGUUUGCAAGCCUGAGGACGGAUGUGGCGAUAAUUGCCAGAAUCGAAUCAUGCUUUACGAGUGUGAUGCCGGCAACUGUAAUGUCGGCAAGGACUUCUGCACUAACCGCUCCUUUACUGACCUCGCUGCUCGACGCGCCAAGGGAGGUAAAUAUAGAGUUGGUGUAGAAGUCAUCAAGACUUCAGAUCGUGGUUAUGGUGUACGAAGCAACCGCAGCUUCAAGGCAAACCAGAUCAUUAUGGAGUACACCGGUGAAAUCAUCACCGAGGAAGAAUGUGAACGCCGUAUGAAUGAAGAGUACAAGAAGAAUGAGUGCUACUAUUUGAUGAGUUUCGACCAAAACAUGAUCAUUGAUGCGACUACGGGCAGUAUUGCUCGAUUUGUAAACCACAGCUGCAACCCCAAUUGCCGUAUGAUUAAAUGGAUUGUAUCAGGACAACCUCGCAUGGCCCUCUUUGCCGGAGACCGGCCCAUUUUGACCGGAGACGAGCUCACUUACGACUACAACUUUGAUCCAUUCUCCGCCAAGAACGUACAGAAAUGUCUCUGCGGCGAACACAACUGCCGCGGCGUUUUGGGACCGAGGCCACGGGAUGUGAAGCCUCCCAAGGCCGACAUCAAGAAGGCUGUCAAGGCAACUGUCAAGGCUGGGAAGCGCAAGCUCAAGGAGCUCAUUGGCGAUGAAGAGCAGGAUAAAGGGAAAGCGAAAAAGCGCAAGAUUGCUCCGGCCACGGGCCUAAAGCGAUCCAUUUCAAAUGCCAGUCUCAAGGCCGCCAAGGGAGCCGCCACUGCAUUGAAGAAGAGCGUGUCAUCAAUCACAGUCAAGGGAAAGAAGACGAUGGGAAGCAAGUCUCCCGCUCAAAGACGUGCUAGCACCGGUGCUGUCAUCAAGAAAACCUCGACCAAGUUGGUCAAGAAGAAUGGACCUGGUGGACGAGUCGCGCAGGUUUCUUCUCGGGCUUCCAGCAUGACCAUUGUGGCUGUCACCGACGAGAACAUCAAGCCUGGAAAGAAGGGCAAGAUGUCUCCUGGAAUGGGCAAGCGGACAGUAUCUACUUCGAGCAAGGCCUCGCGGGUGUCGUUGAGUUCAACAGGCCGUGUUCUCAAGCCUUCGCCCAAGGCUAAGAUUCGAAUGGUCCCUCAAGAGUGA